ACCGCGCGAACUUGGUAUGUCGGCAGUUGUAAGCCACAACUAUCCAAGACCACAAGCUCUUAUUUUAUUCUUUGCUCUAACCAAAGUACUCCACUCGAUAAAAUGAAGGUCGCCACCACUUUCAUCACUAUCAUCUCCCUCGCCAGCACCGCCUUCGCUGGUGGCUGCUUUUUUUGUGCUGAGAGAAAGGGGGGCAUAGUUUGUACUACGCCUGGCCCUCAGAGCCACGGCUGCAACUGGUGCUGUGACACUGCAGAGCAAUGUAUUCGCCUCGUUGAUACCGGAAUCUGCAAAUGAUUCAACAGACAAGGGAAUUCUGAUAGAGAGAAAAGGAGGACAGUCUGUCAAGAAAUCAAAUAGUCGGGAGACUCGGUUCAGGCAACAGUUCAGCGAUAUCUCGUUUGGAUCUAUGACCACCAAUCCGUUUUCAAACUUGAUGCGGCUGUCGAUAAUAGAACCGUUGUUCUUAUCCCAUCGGGUGCUGCUUGACCCCAUUUUCGCCAAGAGCGGGGUAGAGCCAAUA